GAGGAGGGAAAGAAAUUUCGCUCCAAAAAAAAAGUCACAGUCCUAUAAGCAGCAUGAUCUUUAUACCUGUGAUAAUCCUAAUUGUUACAGGUAAUAAAUUCAGCCCAGUUUUAACAUGUCAGUUCCCCACGGACUGGAGACCCAUGAGUGAAGGUUGCAGGGCUGAGCUGGCUGAGAUAAUAGUUUAUGCCAGAGUACUAGCUAUCCACCAGGACAUGUACAGUGUGUAUAACUACCUGCCGUGGCAAUACGAGACCAGCUUGUUCUACUCGGCGGAGAUCGAGAUGCUGUGUGACCAGGCAUGGGGUAGCAUGCUGGAAGUACCCGGCGGAUCUCGUCUGAACCUCACUGGCCUCGGCUAUUUCUCCUGUCAGUCCCACACGGUCAUGGAGAACAACAGCUACUUUUUCUUCCUCAGGAUGGAUGACAAUUAUAACAUAAUUCCCCAUGGAGUUAAUUUUCAGGAUGCUAUUUUUCCAGACACAACUGAGAACAUGAAGAUGUUUUCCAGUCUCUUCCAGUUCUCUAAUUGCACUCAAGGGCAACAUCUCCAAACUUACACCACUGACUGGGAAAUCCAAGAGGAUCACAGGCUCAUGUGUUCCACAGUGCAGAAGGCACUUUUUGAAGAGGAAGAUAGAGUGAAGAAGUUGAUCAACAGGGUGGCCAUGCUGGAGAGUCGCAACAAGCAACUGAAGGACAAGGUUAAGAGAGUGAAACGCACCCUGCGGCAGGUGAAGAAGAACAGCCGUCGCGUGGAGCAACUAAACAAAAAACUACUGGAGAAGACAUCAAACCCACUUUACACCAAACCAGACUCCAAUGUGGCAAUUCUGAAAGUGUAACAAACAAGCAGUUGUACCAGGGCACAGAAUUUGUUCAUGUUACUUUUGCUUGUCUUGUAAUUUACCCAAUGAGCUAUCACAGGAGGUGCUGGGCACUUCAGUUAGCUCAAUCACUGUACACAUGUCAGUGAUGUUCAUCGAAGGCCACUAGGCCCCCCAAGCCACUUCUGAAUAGUUCUAUAAUCUCAACACUUUGUUUAAGGAGAGGAAUGGAAAAUUGGAAAAUGUUAUUGCGCACGUACAGUAUUAAUCAUUAUUUUACUUAGGUCAAUAUGUGCUAAGUCUCUCUUGCUUUAGCUGCAGUGUUUUCUUUUGAGAAUUAUCUAUGACUAUUCUUGUAAUUAAGAAGUAAUGACACCAUAACUAACAGCAUAAUUGCUGGUAUGUAAAGUACAGACAAUAUCCAUUCGUUUAGUGCUUUUCAAAAUGGAAACAUGUAGUUGUUUUGUGUGGGCAACAAUAUGGCAAUUAUAAUGCAGAAAGCCUGGUGUUUGUGCACCUAUCCUCCAAUCCACUAUAAACCUCUAUGACACAUUUACAUCGAAUAUGAUUUUUGAAAGCAAACUUAUAAUUGUAAAGUUACCUUGUAUAUUACAUUACUGAGUCUAGACAAUUUCAAAACCAUGGUCUGUAUCUUUUUCUUAACUAUUUGUAGGAUGUUUUCUAUAUAUUUCAAUAAAAAUAUAUACUUUGCUAAUUA